UUUCAACACCAACCAGAAGCUGGAAAGUGCAGAAACUUUUGGGUCAGAGGUUUCCGUUUUGUGCUGACAAUGAUUUUUGCCAUUGAAGAAAUCAACAAGAACCCAAGUCUGCUUCCUAAUGUUACUCUGGGUUAUCGGAUAUAUGACACUUGCACCAUGCUGCCUUUGACACUGAAAGCAAGCUUUGAAUUUCUAAACAGCGGUGAAUACAUGACCUCCAAUUGCCGAAGGUCCUCUACAGUAUCUGCUGUUGUUGGUGAAUCUGGAUCCUCGCAGUCUAUAGCAAUGUCCACCCUAAUCAGUCCGUUCAGCAUUCCCAUAGUGAGUUAUUUUGCCACCUGUGCAUGCCUGAGUAACAAGAAGGAAUAUCCAUCUUUUUUCAGAACGAUACCAAGUGACAAAUUUCAGGCAAGAGCCUUAGCCCAUCUGGUAAAGCACUUUGGUUGGACGUGGAUCGGGACAAUUAGGAAUGAUGAUGAUUAUGGAAACUUUGGGAUGCAAGCUUUCACCGAAACUGUCCAACAAUUGGGUGUUUGCAUUGCUUUCUCUGAGUCUAUUCACAGAAGCUACCACAGAGACAAGCUACUUCGAAUCAUAGAUACUGUACGGAAAUCUUCAACCAAAGUUGUUUUGGCAUUCGUUGCUAUUUCAGAAAUGAGGAUUUUGAUAAAUGAAUUUGCACAACAGAAUGUGACUGGUAUACAAUGGAUAGGAACUGAGGCUUGGGUAUCAUCACAGUUUCUACCCCAGGAAAAAAGCAGGCGGCUUGUGUCAGGCACGAUUGGUAUUGCAAUUCGUCAGGUAGAUAUACCAGGACUGAGAGAAUUUCUCAUGGAUGUCCGUCCUUCAAUGUUUCCAGGCAACCAUUUAGUGAAAGAGUUUUGGGAAUCAACCUUUGGCUGUGCACUGAAGGGGACAGAUAGCAGAACAGAUGAUGUUCCCUCCACUAUGUUGAAAGAAUGUACCGGAAAAGAGAGUUUGCGGAUGAUACACAAUGAACUUACUGAUGUCUCACUCUACCGAGUUACUUACAAUGUAUAUAAAGCUACAUAUGCGAUAGCCCAUGCUCUUCAUGACAUGCUCUUGUGUAAAAGUGGCAAAAAUCCAUUUCUUCACAACAGUUGUGCAAAUAUCUCAAGUUUUCAACCCUUGCAGUUGCUGCAUUAUAUGAAAGCAGUUAAUUUCACGACAAAGCUCGGUGAAAAUGUAUAUUUUGAUGAUAAUGGAGACCCAGUGGCCAUGUAUGAUAUUGUAAACUGGCAACCCAAUGCGGCUGAUGGUGUGGACAUUGUCAGUGUUGGAGUCUUUGAUGGAUCAGCCCCUCCAGGACAAGAAAUUGUCAUUAAGGAUGAAGCAAUUUUAUGGAAUGGAGAUCAGAUCAUGGUUCCAAGAGCAAUUUGCUCGGAAAGCUGCCCCAUUGGGACAAGAAAAGCAACAAGAAAAGGUCAACCCCUUUGCUGCUUUGACUGCAUAAAAUGCACUGAAGGUGAAAUUAGCAACGUCACUGAUUCACCAGAUUGCAUUAAAUGUCCACGGGAAUAUCGUUCGAACUGGAGACGAGACGAAUGCGUCUUAAAGAACAUUGAGUUUCUUUCUUUUGGUGAAAUGAUGGGGAUUAUUUUUGUAACUCUAGCACUUCUUGGAGUUUCCAUCACAAUCGGCAUAUUUGCUUUGUUUUAUGUUCACAAAAAUACUCCAAUUGUCAAAGCCAACAACUCCGAGUUGAGCUUUUUGCUUCUUUGUGCAUUGACUCUGUGUUUUCUGUGUUCAAUGACGUUCCUUGGAGAACCUUCCAGCUGGUCUUGUAUAUUGCGUCACACAGCAUUUGGUGUCAUUUUUGUUCUUUGCAUUUCGUGUGUUUUGAGUAAAACAGUUGUUGUGGUCAUUGCAUUUAAAGCUGUGCUUCCUGGCAAUAACAUGAUGAGGUGUUUUGGACCUACACAACAGCGCCUAUCUGUGUGCUUCCUUACACUGAUGCAAUGCCUAAUAUGCUUAGUAUGGCUAAGAACAUCACCUCCUUAUCCUUUCAAGAACAGCGACUAUUUCAGUGAAAUAAUUGUUUUUGAAUGCAAUGUAGGUUCGUCAAUAGCCUUUUAUUGUGUACUGGGUUAUAUUGGUUUUCUGUCUUGUGUGUGUUUUGUGGUCGCGUUUCUAGCUCGACAACUUCCAAACAAUUUCAAUGAAGCUAAACACAUCACUUUCAGUAUGCUUAUCUUCUGUGCUGUGUGGAUAACUUUUAUUCCAGCAUAUAUCAGCUCCCCUGGCAAAUAUGCUGUAGCUGUGGAAGUCUUUGCGAUUUUAGCGUCCAGCUUUGGACUAGUUUUCUGUAUUUUUGCUCCCAAAUGUUACGUUAUCCUGUUGAGAAAAGACAGGAAUACAAAAAAGAAUAUGAUGGAUAAAUUGGCUUCCAAUGGCCUAUAG